CUCCGCACAGUUGGUAUCCCUACACGCACUUGACGAAAUGGUGGUGUAUUUAUUUUUGUUUUGUGAAAUUAAACAAUAUAAUAUUUCGUGAAAUUGAACUCAUUCAAGUGAUUUGCAAGAACCCCAGCCUUCACUACCCGAGUAAUUCAGCUCAUUGCUUGAGACAAUGAGCAAUACGUCGUUCAUUUUGUACAUACCUGAAGUUGCCCUAGAAAAGAUCUUCUCAUUCUUGACCUACGAUGAAAUUGCCAAAAACCGACUGGUUUGUAGAAAAUUCAAUGAGGUAGGAAGUCGUAUGCUAUCAAGAGGAUUCAUCCAACUGGAAAAGAGACAUGCAGCCAUUUACAAAAGAGUCAAAUCCCUACUGCCACGAAGAGAAUCUGAGCGAAGAGUUCACCCAUUAUCUCGCCACUGUGACAUUCUUCAAGCCGUCGAAACUCGAAUCAGCAUGCUAAACAUGACAUACAUGAAAUACAUCGAGAAUAAUUUAUUAUGUUUUAUACCUGGAAAAGUUUUAGACGAAAUGAUAAACGUCCUAAGCUUCGUCGAAAGCGACUGCACUCCCCCACGUACUCACCAGCUGUUACAAGAACUCCGCGACCUCAGCAGCAUGGCAAUGGAGCAUUUCGACGAACACAUCCUGCCCCGUGUCAAAGAACACAAAGAACAAAUGGACGAAAAACGUCAAGCUUUCAUUGCCUCGUUCUCCGGAAGCCCCUCGACCCUGAAACCGGCGCAACCGUUCAUCGUCCAACAAGUCAACGACUUGCAAAAAAUCAAAAAGCAAUACAAAACCUACAAGCACCACAUCGCCUAUCUCAACCAAAACACGCAGAAGCUGAUCCAGAAGAUGAAGAAGCAGAACAAGCGCCUCAAAGCCCAGUCGGUGCGCAUCCGCGACCAGGAGCGGAAAAUCCAAGAACAGUCCGCCAAAAUCCAAGAGCAGGAGACCGCUCUCGCCGAUAUCAAAAAGCACAUGGACGAGUGGGACCAGAAGUACAAGGACCUGACCAACGAGCUGGUGCGUGCCAGGGACUACAUCCUCCUGAAGGCGUCGUCUCCGAAGGCGAGCUCCUCGUGCACGCCGCCGCCGCCGAAAUUGUGCAGACCGAGCAUCAGACCGCGAGUUUCACACUUGCUUUUCCGAAAUUACGGACAAAUUCAUCUGGAUUUGGAGCGCAAACGCAAGUCCAACUUGUUGCCGGAAAUUCCGGUUAAAGUGACGAGGACCCAAGGUGACGAGGACGACAAGAGCAUAGAGCAGCUCCUUCCGCUCAAAGAGCCCGACAAAAGCGGCGACAGCGACGGGAAAGGCAACUUCAGUUUUUUGAUCGAAAAUUUGAUCAAAACCCCGCUAACGGCCAUCAAGUCGCGGAAGCGGAAAAUGGCAGAAGAGAUCGACUUGAAAUAAAUUUUUUAUAUUAAUUAAUCUCCAAGUCCCAUUGAGUAAGAUUUUGUUAUGUUUUUAAGGGAGAAUUACGUCAAAAAAUAUUAAAACCUUUAUUACAGUAAGAAAUAAAUACAAUUAAAAAAGGUAAGUCGAGUUAGAAAGGAAGUGGUCGUUAAAAUGGUGUAAUAAAAUACAUACUGUAAGUUCUCAACACAAGUUUGGUUAAUAAACGUAAUAAAAGGCUG